UUUGAUAAUCGCGGAUGGAUACGAUAUUACCAGCGUCUUAUGUUCUUAUCCGUAUUACGAUGUGGGUGUUAACAGGCUUCAACAGCCUGCCGUUGGUGGUGGGUGCUAGCCAGUGCUUGUCGGCGCUCCCCGUUCUCCAUUGGACCCAACCGUAUGGGAGUCAAAAACCCCAUUGUUUUGAUUGCACCACUCAGAUGUCUAUCAUGCAAGGAUUCGGCUCGACAUUGCGGAAGUGGGGUUGAUCAUAAUCUCUGCGGGCCUCGUUAAUUGAGGACUCUGUGAAAGUGCAUAUGGAAG